GUACGUCAUCAGGCAGGGAAGCAUCAUGGCGGCGUCCAGUGCUCGGUGUGUUUGGCGGAGAGCUAUGGUCCCGUCCUUGGUGGUGAUUUUGGGAGCUACCGGCACUGGAAAGUCCAAACUGGCGAUUGAGCUCGGAAAACGGCUUCAGGGAGAAAUAAUCAGCGCCGACUCCAUGCAGAUGACAUGCACAAGAGAAACAAAAUGCCAAUUAUUGCUGGAGGAACGAACUAUUACAUUGAGUCUCUACUUUGGAGAGUUUUAGUGGAUACAGGGGAAAACAAGGACUGUGGAGAUGCAGUUGAUGAAGCUGGAAACAGGAUGAGAGAGCUGGAAAAACUGGAAGGAUCUGAGUUACACAAAAGACUGGCCAAGGUGGAUCCUAAAAUGGCCUCCAUGUUACACCCAAAUAACAAGCGCAAGUUAGCCAGAAGUCUUCAAAUUCACGAAGGGACGGGUGUCCCCCAUAGCCGCUGGCUUGAGGAGCAGAGGGGUCAGGAGGGAGGGGAUGAACUUGGGGGGCCGUUGAGGUACCCAGACCCCUGCAUUUUUUGGCUACAUUCAGACACUAAGGUUCUAAAUGAGCGACUAGACGGUCGUGUAGAUGAGAUGAUGUCUGCAGGACUGAUCCAGGAGCUCAGGGACUUCCACAUCCGAUACAAUCAACAGAAGGUCCAGGACGACAGUCAAGACUAUCAAAACGGGAUUUUUCAGUCGAUCGGCUUUAAGGAGUUUCACAACUACCUGACGGCUCCUGAAGGCAUCAGCACAGAGGAGAAAGACAAACUGAGACGCGAAGGCAUAGAAGCUUUGAAGAUUGCUACCAAGCGUUACGCUCGCAAGCAGAACAAAUGGGUCCACAACCGCUUCCUUAAACGACCAGGGAACAACGUCCCUGCCGUGUACGGCCUGGAUGUGACAGACGUGUCAAAGUGGGAGGAGACGGUGCUGAACCCUGCACUGCAGAUCUUGGACCGUCUCAGUAAGGGCGAAGAGCCCGCCAUCGCACCAAUCAGAGUGGAGGGGGCGGAGCAGAGAAACAAGCUGAGCUACAACACCUGUGAUCUGUGUGACAGAAUCAUCAUUGGAGACGUGGAGUGGGCAGCUCACCUGAAAUCCAAGAAGCACCAAUAUCACAUGAGGAAGAAGAGGAAGUCCGAUCCAGACAGUGACCUGCCUGCGAGUACUGGUGAGCCCCCUGUCUCUGCAGGAACCUCCCCCUCAGAGGACUGUGAUGAAACCUCUCAGGACUACAGCACACAUGUGAGACUUUGAAACCUGCACUGACUCAGAUCUUCUUAGUUUCUAACAGCAGACUAAUCAGUGAAGGAUUCUUCGUAGUUCUCAGAUAUUUACUUCAGAGCUUUAAAAAAAAACUUGCAAACGACAAAGCGCCUUGAUGGAUGUCGACGGACGCCAGAAAAAUCCUUGAAGCAGAUCCGGUUUUGUUUUGCAUUCUUGUGGACUUGCAAGGAUAAAUUUAAUUUUUGUUUUUUGUUUUUUUUUUCAACCUGAAUGAAAUUUUAAAAGUAUUAAAAAAAUUCAAUCUCUGCAAAAUGCACAGCAUUGUUGCCAUUUUCAGUCACAGUUCAAGCUUGAAGUCAUUUUGUUUGAAACCUGAAUAUAUUCAAAGUUUCUCACCUCACAGAUGCAUUUCUGUCAAUAAAAGCCCGAAACAAUGAGAAGCUUUGAGUUGAA